AAUCCCUACUCGAUUGCCAUGGAGGACUCCAACAUGAUGGAUACUUCACCAAGCGAGGACCCAUCUGAGCAAGUGUUGGAUGGUGAACAGCAGAUUCUACUUGAAUUACUCGAAGAACAUAGCACACCUUAUGCAAAAGCAGCGAGUGCAUUAUAUUUCAGGCGCAUCUUUACCGCAGAUCUGCCUAAUGAAACACGAGAUCCUGUGAAAUAUGCUCGCCUGGUUGAGCUUCUACUCCGCAUCAUUUGUAACGAAAACCAUGCAGCGGAGACCCGUGUAAAUGCGGCAUGGGCAAUAACAAAUAUGGCUUGUAUGUCAGAUAAAGUGAAUCACCUAAUUGUUGACAGUGGAGGUGUCGAUGCUCUUUUGAGUGGCGUCAUUUCUGGUACAGGUGAAUUCCGGAUCCAAUGCAUUUGGGCUUUGGGUAAUAUCGCUGCCGAUUGCGCUAGGUGUAAGGAAAGAUGUCGUGACACUGGAGUCAUCACGGUUCUUGCCAGGCUACUCUCCCAAAAUGUUCAUACUGAACACGGCGACCUCAAAAAUGUUGUGUGGUGCGUCAUGAAUCUACUACGCGGUGGAGUUCGGAACGGCAGCAUACCCGUGACGACAGUACAAAUGUUAGUAAAGUCUCUGUUCAACCUCUUGAAAAAGUACGCAGUGUGGACGGAAUUGGCUAAGGACUGUCUUUGGACAUUAGCGUCGAUAGCCGACGAUAUGCACCAAGGGACCCAGAUCGACGUCGUACUCAACGAAGAAGGCUUGAUCGAUUUAACAUUCGAAAUCCUUGACUCGGAUUUCAUCGAACUUCAUCAUGGCGCUCUCCGCAUACUUGGAAACAUAAUUACUGGAAACGAUGUGCAAACAGGAGCAGUAGUAAAUCAUCCGCGUUUUUAUGACGUUUUGUCGCGUUCGAUGUCGUAUCAAUCUGUGCCUGAUGUGCGAAGAGAAGCUGCUUGGAUGUGUUCUAAUAUAGCGGCAAGCAAUCAGGAACACAUGGAUCUGCUAUUUUUUGAUUGGAACAUUUUUGAGAUGUUGUUGGAGGGUGUCAGAACAGCUGAGAGAAAACUCAAAAAGGAAUGCAUGUGGACAAUUGUUAACUUACUAACCGGGGCUAACGAAGAAAAAAUUCGGUUUAUGGUUGCUUGUGGAGUUUUCUUCCUAUUUCCGACGCUUCUUGCGACAUCCGAUUUUCGGCUGACUGAACGAACUAUGCAUGCACUACGUAGUCUUUUACCAUUUUAUCCCGAACAUGCUACACUUAUUAAAAAUUCAAAUAUGCUGUCGUUAGUGAAAGAGCGUUUUCUUGAAACCGAUAUGCAUUUACAGGAACUCAAAAACGAAAUUGAGUUGUUUAUCAAUGCAAGAAGCGUGCCGCAUAUUCCAACAUGCACGUAUAGAUUCGUUGACAACGCCUCCAGACAAACGCAGAUAUCACAAGUAUAUCCAGCAGAUAAUUAA